AUGAGUCGAAAUAUAAUUAAAAGAGGUUACACAAUUGUAACUGUAGCUCAAUUGAGUUUAUCAUUUAUUGCUCUGUUCAUUAGCUCAUUUAUUUGGAACAAUGGUGACGUAUACAUUCAACUCGGUUACAAUGGUUAUGGAUGGCAAACACUUAUCAUUGCUUGUUUAUUUAUCAUUUUGAUAAUUAAUUUAAUUAGUUCACUUACACAAUUAAGUGGCACAAAUAUAUUCCAAGAAUAUGGCAAAUUUAAGUUACUAAUCAUUUAUGGUUUUUGCUCAUUAAUGACAAUUAUUGCUGCAGCAUUAGAAACUUGGAAUUGUAAAUUAGCAGCAAAUGCUGAAAAUAAUAUCCUUCAUCCACGUUUUGUUAUCACUGCUGUGUUAACUUGGUUGCUUGUUCUAUCGCAUGUCAUUAUGAUUUUAAUCAUUUUACUUAUAUAA